GCAGCGGAACAGAGGCAGAGUGACGGUGACGGUAGCGCUUGUUGUUUUUUUUUUCAUCCCGAGCUUCAUUAUUUUGGCCAAGAUGGACGAGAUGGAAGAGGAGCUGAAGUGUCCGGUCUGCGGCUCGUUUUUCCGCGAGCCCAUCAUCCUGCCGUGCUCGCACAACAUCUGCCUGGCGUGCGCGCGGAACAUCUUGGUGCAGACGCCGGACGCUGAGUCGCCUCAGAGCGCUCGCGCCUCGGGCUCUGCCGCGUCCGACUAUGACUACCUGGACCUGGACAAGAUGAGCCUGUACAGCGAGGCGGACAGUGGCUAUGGCUCGUACGGAGGCUUCGCAAGCGCGCCCACCACGCCGUGCCCCAAGUCCCCCAACGGUGUGCGCGUAUUCCCGCCGGCCGCGCCGCCCCCCCAGCAGCAGCAGCACCACCUGCUGCCUCCGCCGGCCGCCCCCGGCGCGCCUCCUCCUCCUCCUCAUCCUCAUCCUCAUCCUCCCGCCAUGAUGAUGAUGAUGAUCCCGCGCAACGCGUGCCUCACGUGCCCGCAGUGCCACCGCAGCCUGACGCUGGACGAGCGCGGCCUGCGCGGCUUCCCCAAGAACCGGGUGCUCGAGGCGGUGGUGGAGCGCUACCAGCAGAGCAAGGCGGCGGCGCUGCGCUGCCAGCUCUGCGAAAAAAGCCCUCGCGAGGCCACGGUGCUGUGCGAGCAGUGCGACGUCUUCUACUGCGACGCGUGUCGCGUGCGCUGCCACCCGCCGCGCGGCCCGCUCGCCAAGCACCGGCUCGUGCCACCCGCGCAAGGGCGCAUCAGCCGUCGCGCGAGCCCGCGCAAGACCUCUACGUGCACGGAGCACGAGCUGGAGAACCUCAGCAUGUACUGCGUGCAGUGUAAGACGCCUGUUUGCUACCAGUGCCUGGAGGAGGGUAGGCACUCCGCGCACGAGGUCAAGGCACUCGGGGCCAUGUGGAAACUGCACAAGGAGCAGCUCUCUCAGGCACUGAACAUUCUGUCGGAUCGAGCCACUGAGGCCAAAGAGUUCCUUGUUCAGCUCAGAAACAUGGUGCAGCACAUACAGGAGAAUGGAGUUGAAUUUGAAGCCUGCUUGGUGGCUCAGUGUGACGCAUUGAUUGAAGCACUGAACCGCAGAAAAGCUCAACUACUGACCAGAGUCAACAAAGAGCACGAGCACAAACUCAAGGUGGUGCGUGAUCAGAUCUCUCACUGCACGGUGAAGUUGAGGCAGACGACGGGGCUGAUGGAGUACUGUCUGGAGGUCAUCAAGGAGAAUGACCCCAGCGGCUUUUUGCAGAUCUCUGAUGCACUUAUCCGUAGGGUGCACAUGACCGAGGGCCAGUGGGGUAAGGGUACUCUCACACCUCGUAUGACCAGCGACUUUGACCUGACCCUUGACAGCGGCCCGCUGCUACAGACCAUUCAACAGCUGGACUUUGUUCAGAUGAAGGUCCCUGCAGCUCCAAUACUGCAGCUGGAGGAGUGCUGUAGUCAGACCAACAGUGCCACUCUGUCUUGGAAGCAACCGCCGCUCUCUACCAUUGUAGUGGACGGCUACAUACUUGAGCUGGAUGAUGGCAGUGGAGGGCAAUUCAGAGAAGUGUACGUUGGCACGGAGACUAUCUGCACGGUGGAUGGACUUCACUUCAACAGCACAUAUAAAUCACGCGUUAAAGCCUUUAACUCCAGCGGCGUCGGGCAGUACAGCAAAAUACUGGUCAUGCAGACCUCUGAGAUUGCUUGGUUCACCUUUGACCCUGCAUCAGCCCACCCUGACAUCAUACUGUCCAAUGAUAACCUGACCGUCACGUGUAACAGUUAUGAUGACCGCGUUGUCAUGGGCAACACAGCCUUCUCCCGCGGUGUGCAUUACUGGGAGAUAACCAUUGAUCGCUAUGACAACCAUCCGGACCCUGCAUUUGGGAUUGCACGGGGUGAUGUGCUGAAGGACGUGAUGCUGGGAAAGGAUGAUAAAGCCUGGGCAAUGUACGUGGACAACAACCGCUCCUGGUUCAUGCACAACAACUCCCACACCAACAGAACGGAUGGAGGGAUAGGUAAAGGAGCAACAGUGGGUGUCCUGUUGGAUUUUUCACGAGGGAUUCUGUUAUUCCUUAUCAAUGAUGAGCAGCAGGGUCCCAUAGCCUUUGACUCUCUGGAGGGUCUUUACUACCCCGCUAUUAGCCUCAACCGCAAUGUUCAGGUGACUCUUCACACUGGGCUGCCCAUUCCAGACUUCUACACUCCAGGAGAGUCAGACCCUUCAGGCUCCGUCUGCUGAAGACACAGUCAACACACACACACACACACACACACACACACACACACAAACAGAUACUGUAUAUGACUGGAUAAGAAAAUCCACAUAUUCUGUUUUCUAUGUAAAGUGCUGGGGUGGCUGAGGUGUUAAAAGGGAAAUUCGACCAGUUUUUCAAAAUUCCUGCAUAAUUCAGUGGAUAAACAAAGUAAUUCAGGAUGGUUUAAUGUUUAAUGCUCUGUUCUAUAGAAACAUACUGAC